CACUCGCGGUUGGACGCGUCUUUUUUUUAGGAUAGUUUAGCAUUUGUAAGCGAAAUUAAGCAAAUUCAGUGGCAGCGGAAGAGAUGUAACGAGCGUUCGUUUGUUGAUGCCUUUUAUUUAGUUCUCAGUCGCCGCGUGUUCUCUAUUCCUGGCACCCAUGCAAUUUUAUUGUGAAACAUUAAACGUAAAACGCAAAAGAAACGAGAAAAAAGGAACCGUUUAACAAAUCGCUAGUUAACAACAAACACAAAUUUACAUAAUAUUGAAGAAAGCACAACUAAAUUGAGGCGCACACACGGACACUGGAAAAUAGACGCGACGCAGAGCCCGUGUGUGUGUGUAUGCAAACAACAAGAUUUAAUUGAACGAAAUGCAAGUGGUUUUCAAUUGAAAAGCGGGCGACAGAAAAGUGAAAAUUAGCACAGUUUUGCAUAUUUGUGAUUGGUGAAAAUCAGCGAAAAUGUCGAGUGCAGAAGACGAGCUGGACCCGCAAAUUCAGAUUGAACUGGAGAAUCUCAAUAGUGCAACCGAUGAGAUUAAUAAGCUUGAAAUCGAACUGGAGGAGGCUAAUUCCACAUUUCGCAUUCUGCUGAAUGAAUCUACGCGUCGCCUGAAGCUUUCCUCGAAAAAGUUAGGCAGCUGCAUAGAGAAGGCUCGCCCCUACUACGAGUCCUUGGACAAGGCACGCGAAGCACAAAUCGAAUGCCAGCAGGCGGCAGUCAAGUUCCAGCGAGCAAAUGAAAUCCAUGCUGCAGCCAAGGAAACGGUGGCGCUGGCCGAACAACGUUUCAUGUCCAACUCGCACGAAUGGCAAUUCGACAAUGCCUGGCAGGAGAUGCUCAACCAUGCCACCCAAAAGGUGAUGGAUGCCGAAACACAAAAGGCCGACUGCCAUGCGGAGCACCAGCGGCGCACCCGGCUCUUUCACACCGCCGAGCAGAAGGUGCAGCAGCUGGAGGAUCGCUAUCGGCGUAGCAUCAACAAGUCACGUCCAUAUUUCGAAGAGAAGCAGGUCUGCCAGGAUCAGCUGCAGACGCAGAAGAAUCGCAUACAGGAGCUGCAACAGCAGGUGGCCGGUGCCAAGAGCACCUACUCAACAGCGCUGCGUAAUCUGGAGCGGAUCAGCGAGGAUAUACACAGACAGAGGGGGGAUUUUCCCACUCCGACGGGACCCCGCGAGCCAGGUGUCGGCGCCGAGUUAAAUUCCCCGACUUCCAGUGCUUUACCCUCGCUGCCGGACUUCCAGAUGGAGCUGGAGAAGUGUGACUAUCCCUCUAUUGCCGGCAGCCAGAUGUCCUUGGGUGCUAAGACGCCACAAACAGCUGCGGAAACAGAGGAUGAGGAGGAUGCCUGCGACUACGACGAGACGGGGGCGGGAGAACUGCGAGGUGUGGUGGACGAGCGGGAUUUGGAGGCGCUGCGACAGAAGGUCAAGAUACUGGCCGUGCGUCCCAUCGAGGGCGGAGAUGGCCAGCAGCAGAAUGAUGUGUGGGAGCACGAACUGAAGGCCACUGUGGAUAAACUGGAUAACUUGAUGAUGCGUAAGGAGGCGGCCAAGAGGCAGCAAAGCAACCGCUUGAAGGCCACCGAGCAGCGACCCGAUUCCCUGGGCGCCGAGGCCCUGAAACGUCACAGCGACGAGGUCCAGGUGAAGGUCACCGUGGCCACCGCCAGCUUGCCAGUCACACCCCACCACCAGCAGCAGCAGAUGCAUCACUUAGCACCGCCCACGCCCAUCAAGAAGCUGCAGCAGCAGCUGGCACCCUUGCCCUCGGUGAAUGUCUCCAUGCGGGAGCUGCCCCUGUUGGCACGGCUAUCCAACGAGCUCCUCGAUCGCAGCAGUGCUGCGCUGGGGGGAGUGCGCAAGACGCUGCGCCGGCGCUCUCUGGAAUAGUGAGGAGCCGCCAGGGGCAGAGGAGGUGCCAUUCGCCAGCAGCCCCAUAUCAUCAGAUUUGUUUAUAUUAAAUGAAUAGUGAAUAACAAUUGUAAAACGUUAAAUGCCGCAUUUAAAUGUGCACCAACUCUCAAUAAGUCUACACGCGAUAAACACAUAUAUUUUCUUAUAAAUGUUGAUUACAUUCUAAUCUAAUAUGUCUCCGUACUUGUUUCUCACUGUUGAAUACUUUAACUAAAUGUAAUGUGAAUGUUUUGUGAUUUGAGAGAGCAAAAAGAAAAUGGAUUGAAAACCACAAUAAGCAGCUUUAAGUUAAUGUUUAAACUAUUGAAAAACCAAGCAGACUCACUAAUUUAAAUCCCAUUGGGCACAUGCACUAAAUAGUUUAGCCUAAAAAUACGCCGGAACUCUGAAUAAAGCCCAUGUAACGAAUUCAAUUAGAUAACUAAGUGUGAAACUCUCAAAGUAAACAUGUAGUGAAUGGAAUGCGAAAAGGUCUAGAGACCUGCUCGGUGCCCUCAAGAAGAAGGGAAGGAAGUAAAAGUAUUUGAAACAUGAAGUAAUAAAAACUUGCAUUCUAAUUCUAAAUGAAAA